AUUGGGCCACCAAUCGAAUGACGGAAGAGAAGACGUGUCAGGGUUUUCAAUCAUCUAUAAAUUGCCCAAGCCCGCCCUCAGUUUUUAGGGUUUCUGUUCUCUGCCGCUUACGCCAUGGGGAGAAGACCUGCUAGGUGUUACCGCCAGAUCAAGAACAAACCGUACCCAAAAUCACGAUACUGUCGUGGUGUGCCUGAUCCCAAGAUCAGGAUUUAUGAUGUGGGAAUGAAGAAGAAAGGUGUUGAUGAAUUCCCUUUCUGUGUUCAUCUAGUUUCAUGGGAGAAAGAAAAUGUAUCAAGUGAAGCACUUGAGGCUGCACGAAUUGCUUGCAAUAAAUAUAUGGCCAAGUUUGCUGGGAAGGAUGCCUUCCAUUUGCGUGUCCGAGUUCACCCAUUCCAUGUCCUCCGUAUUAACAAGAUGCUUUCAUGUGCUGGGGCUGAUAGGCUCCAAACUGGUAUGAGGGGUGCUUUUGGUAAGCCUCAGGGCACUUGUGCUAGAGUAGCCAUCGGACAAGUACUUUUGUCUGUUCGAUGCAAAGACAGCAACAGUCAUCACGCUCAGGAGGCUCUCCGUCGUGCUAAGUUUAAGUUCCCUGGUCGUCAAAAGAUCAUCGUCAGUAGGAAGUGGGGCUUUACUAAGUUCAACCGCACUGAUUAUUUGAAGUUCAAAUCAGAGAACCGUAUUCUGUCUGAUGGUGUCAAUGCUAAGCUUCUUGGAUGUCAUGGACCAUUGGCGAAUCGUCAACCAGGAAGGGCAUUUUUAGAUACUGCUACAUCAGCAUAAGUAUGUUUGAUGGCUCAAGAACGUGCUGGAAGUUAGCCAAACCUAUUGCAGCAGUACUCCUGUUAUCUUUGUUUUGUUUUAAUAUCAAAUACUGGAAGUAUUUUCACUUUAAAGUUAAUGUAAGUUGAGAUCUAUGUAAUUUGUUUUGGGAUUGAAAUUUCUCUUAAUAUUUAGAACAAGUUUACGAACUCUAA